CGGCGGGCCGCAGCGCGCACGGACGCUCGGACGGGCGAAGGGCGGCGACCCCUCGCGGACGGCCGGCCGCGCGCCGGGCCGGGGACUCGCCCUCUCGCUCGCCCUUGCGCGCUCCCCGCGCCCUCCAGCGCGCCGGCGGGACCAUGAAGAAGUUCUCGCGGAUGCCCAAGUCGGAGGGCGGCAGCGGCGGCGGAGCGGCGGGUGGCGGGGCCGGCGGGGCCGGGGUCGGCUCGGGCGGCUCGUCGGUGGGGGUCCGCGUGUUCGCGGUCGGCCGCUACCAGGUCACCCUGGAGGAGUCGCUGGCAGAAGGUGGAUUCUCCACAGUUUUCCUUGUGCGAACUCAUGGUGGAAUCCGAUGUGCAUUGAAGCGAAUGUUUGUCAAUAACGUGCCAGACCUCAACAUUUGUAAAAGGGAAAUUACAAUAAUGAAAGAGUUAUCUGGUCACAAAAAUAUCGUGGGUUAUUUGGACUGUGCUGUUAAUUCAAUUAGUGAUAAUGUAUGGGAAGUGCUUAUCUUAAUGGAGUAUUGUCGAGCUGGGCAGGUAGUUAAUCAGAUGAAUAAGAAGCUGCAGACGGGUUUUACGGAACCAGAAGUGUUACAGAUAUUCUGUGAUACCUGUGAGGCUGUUGCAAGGCUGCAUCAGUGUAAGACUCCGAUAAUUCAUCGGGAUCUAAAGGUAGAAAAUAUUUUGUUGAAUGAUGGCGGAAACUAUGUGCUUUGUGACUUUGGCAGUGCCACUAAUAAAUUUCUUAAUCCUCAAAAAGAUGGAGUUAAUGUAGUAGAAGAAGAAAUUAAAAAGUAUACAACUCUGUCAUACAGAGCCCCUGAAAUGAUCAACCUUUAUGGAGGGAAACCCAUCACUACCAAGGCUGAUAUCUGGGCCCUGGGAUGUUUACUCUAUAAACUCUGUUUCUUCACUCUUCCUUUUGGUGAGAGUCAGGUUGCCAUCUGUGAUGGCAGCUUCACCAUCCCAGACAAUUCUCGCUACUCUCAUCACAUACAUUGCCUAAUAAGAUUCAUGCUUGAACCAGAUCCAGAACGUAGACCGGAUAUUUUUCAGGUGUCAUAUUUUGCAUUUAAAUUUGCCAAAAAGGAUUGUCCAGUCUCCAACAUCAAUAAUUCUCCUAUUCCUUCAGCUCUUCCUGAACCGAUGACUGCUAGUGAAGCCGCUGCUAGGAAAAGCCAAAUAAAAGCCAGAAUAACAGAUACCAUUGGACCAACAGAAACCUCAAUUGCACCUAGACAAAGACCAAAGGCCAACUCCGCUACUGCCACUCCCAGCGUGCUGACCAUUCAAAGUUCAGCAACACCUGUUAAAGUCCCAGUUCCUGGUGAAUUCGAUAACCACAGACCAAAAGGAGCACUAAGACCUGGAAAUGGCCCUGAGGUUUUACUGGGCCAGGCCCUGCCUCAGCAGCCUUCGCAGCCGCCGCCACAGCAGCACAGAGUCCUUCAGCAACUACAGCAGGGAGACUGGAGGUUACAGCAGCUGCAUCUACAGCCACGCGGGGCGCACCAGCAGCCACAGCACCAUCAGCUACUUCAGGAUGCUUAUAUGCAGCAGUAUCAACAUGCAAUGCAGCAGCAGCAGAUGCUUCAACAACAGUUUUUAAUGCAUUCAGCCUCUCAGCCGCAGCCUUCUGCAUCACAGUAUCCUGCGAUGGUGCAGCAAUAUCAGCAGGCUUUCUUGCAGCAGCAGAUGCUGGCUCAGCACCAGCAGUCUCAGCAACAGGCGUCACCCGAGUACCUCACCUCCCCUCAAGAGUUCUCACCAGCCUUAGUCACCUACCCUUCCUCACAUCCAGCUCAGCUUGCAACCACAGUGGACUCCUCUUACAGUGCCAGUAGGUCAGUUGCUGAUAAAGAGGCAGUCACAAAUUUUACAAAUCAGAAGAACGUCAGUAACCCACUGGAUAUGUCAGGGUGGAAUCCUUUUGGAGAGGAUAAUUUCUCCAAGUUAACUGAAGAGGAACUAUUGGACAGAGAAUUUGACCUUCUGAGAUCAAACAGGCUCGAGGAGAGAGCAUCCUCAGAUAAGAAUGUAGACCCACUGUCUGCUCCACAUAACCAUCCUCCAGAAGAUCCUUUUGGUUCUGUUCCUUUCAUUUCUCAUUCAGGUUCUCCCGAAAAGAGAGUUGAAUAUUCAUCCAUGAAUCUAGAACAUAGCACUGCAAACCCCAUCAGGAAUGGAAAAGCAAGUCUGGUAUGUAAAGAUCAGCGGACCGGAAAGAAAAGCUCAGAGAAUUCAUCAUUACAGGGUCAAGUGCAAAAGGGGAAUGAUGAAUCUGAAAGUGAUUUUGAAUCAGAUCCCCCUUCUCCUAAGAGCAGUGAAGAGGAAGAACAAGAGGAUGAAGAAGUUCAGGGAGAGCAAGGGGAUUUUAAUGAUGAGGAUACUGAACCAGAAAACCUGGGCCAUCGGCCUCUGCUUAUGGAUUCUGAGGAUGAGGAAGAAGAGGAGAAACACAGCUCUGAUUCUGAUUAUGAGCAGACUAAAGCAAAGUACAGUGGGGAGAGCCUUGUCUGCAAAGACAAACCUGGCGGUGGACCAACUCAAGGCCUGGCCACAGCACUCCUCACCCCCACCCCGCUGCCCUCUAGGUUUGGGUUGGAGACUCCCAAACAGGAGUUUGACGUAUUUGGCGCUGUCCCCUUCUUUGCAGUGCAUGCUCAACCGCCCCAGCCGGGAGACAACGCAAAGAACCUGGGUCAACAGAGGUCUCCCACUGUGGGACUAGAGCAGGAGGAAUUUGAUGUGUUCACGAAGGCUCCCUUUAGCAAGAAGGUCGAUGUGCAGCAGCGCCACGUGCCGGCGCCCCAGGCCCACACUCCCCCUGGCUGCCCCCAGAGCGUAGAUGUCUUUGGCUCCACUCCAUUUCAGCCCUUUCCCACAUCAACAAGUAAAAGUGAAAGCACCGAGGACCUUUUUGGCCUUGUGCCCUUUGAGGAAGUAACUGGGAGUCAGCAGCAAAAAGUCAAACAGCGCAGCUUACAGAAACUGUCCUCUCGCCAAAGGCGCACAAAGCAGGAUAUGUCCAAGAGUAACGGGAAGCGGCAUCAUGGCACGCCGACCAGCACCAAGAAGACCCUGAAGCCUACCUACCGCACUCCAGAGAGGGCUCGCAGGCACAAGAAAGUGGGCCGCCGAGACUCUCAGAGCAGCAAUGAAUUUCUAACCAUCUCGGACUCCAAGGAGAACAUCAGCGUGGCCCUGCCUGAUGGGAAGGAGAGGGGGAAUGUCUUACAGCCCGAGGAGAGUCUGUUGGACCCCUUUGGAGCCAAGCCCUUCCAUCCUCCAGACCUGCCCUGGCACCCGUCCCAUCAGGGCCUGGGCGACAUCUGUGCCGACCACACCACCAUCCUGCCCGGGCGGCCACGACAGAAUUCACUCCAUGGGUCAUUCCACAGUGCGGAGGCAUUGAAAAUGGAUGACUUUGGUGCGGUGCCCUUUACAGAACUCGUGGUGCAAAGCAUCAGUCCACAUCAGUCCCAGCAGUCCCAGCCAGUUGAAUUAGACCCAUUCGGUGCUGCUCCAUUUCCUUCUAAACAGUAGAUAACUUCUCCCGGACUCUCGGCAUUAACUCCUGUUUCAAAAAAGUAUGACUAAUUUUAUGAACUUGAAAGAAAAUUUAUUUGUAUAGCUCUUUAUAUCAUUCAUUCUUACAGGUCAAUCAGAGUAGGUGAUUUUUAAAUAAACCAAAUAGAAAAAGGAAGUAUCUCUACAGGGUAGUAACUUGAUGCUUCUUCCAGGCAGGAGAAAAGGGAGCUACACUGCAAGCUCUAAACAAGGGUUUCUGCUACUGACAGUGCAGCCCAGAAAUGCGGCUGUGGCAAGGUACUUCCGGUGAAAGCACAUGGCACCUUUUCGGGGUGCAGAGCCACUUAGAAGGGACAGUCAAACUGUAUCGUUAUUUUUGAUAUCAGAAUGUCACUUUUGCGUGCACAUCCCAGGCUCACUCCAGAUCCAGCAUUUAGAACUAGGGUGAUUUGUACUUAGGUUAUGUUUGUGAAAUUUUAAAAGGUCUCUUCUAGAAAUUUCCACACAGUGAAAGCUCAUCUAGUUCUCUUAAAGCAGCAGAACGCUAUCUGGACAGUGCAGAGAUUUCAGCCCAUACUCCUUUCUCUAUAAAGCAGAGCCAGAAGUAACUGACUAUUGUGCCUAAAAUUCUGUUGCAUUUUGAAAAACAAGUGCCAUUAAUGUGGAAUACCUAAUGAUAAGUAUGUGAAAUAAUCCAUACGUCAAUUAGCUCAAUUUAGCCCUUCUAUGAUGUAUACAUAUUUCAAAACAUGUUGUACAUGCUAAAUAUAUACAAUUUUUGUUUGUCAAUUAAAAAAUAAGUUAGAAUAUGGAAUAUAUAUGCUGAAGCCUAGAACAAACACAUAGGAGAGAUUUGUAAAAUGUCAAAAAAAUGAUAUAGAAGAAAAAAAUGAUUCAGUACUUCAGGAACACUUUAUCCUCUGUUUUGGAAUGGCUUCUUGCUCUAGCCUUUUAUUAUCAUGUCUUUAAUAAAACAGAUUAUUGGAAAAAUUGGUAGUAAGGACAAGGCUUUUAGAAAUUUUACUUCAGGAAAGAUGUAUGUAUCUGGAAACACUAAACUUUUAGGACAUUUACAGUGUAAAAUCAUGUUGCAUUUAUUAAUAUACUUUGUGAAUUUACCACCUUCAUCAAAUACUUCCCAAGUCAGGAGCAACACUCAUUUUGGUUAGGUUUGAGGGCGAGUGGUCUUAAUGAAGUGCACAGAACUGUGACGCCCACAAUGCCUUACAGGCAGGACCCCCACGUCCUGCGCGCGCCUCCGCACGAAGCCACCUGAGUGCACAGUGGCUAUACGGUGGUCAGUGAUGAGGGACUAGCAUCUUACCUCUGCCAACUGAUUGUGUUCUUAGGGAAAAGGGCCCAGCUACCAAAUUGCCUUUUCUUUUUUAACACCACAAAUCUUAAUUUUAAACUUGGUGUUUUUUAGAAAUUGUGUUUGAUAGAAAUUACAUCUGUGGAUUAAUGUGAAUAUAGUAUCGUGCUUCCUGUGUCUCUAUUUUAAGUUAUAAUUAACUAUCCUUCCCUGCCAGGUUAACAUUUGAAAGUUUCCAGAACUGUUAAAGCUGUUUACCAAGAGGGAUGGAAACUCAUCACCUGGCACUCUCCUUGAUUGCUAUAUUUUAACUCUCUUUGAGCCCAACUCAAGUGUAAUGAGUAAUCUGGUUAGACUCUUAGUUCUAGUACUCCGGUAGGAUAAUCUGUUUGUCUGUUUUCAUGGUUCUGAACUUAAAUCAAAACAUAGGUAACUAAACCACAUAUUCAUUUUUUUUCUUCUUUUAUAUGUUAAAUCAGUACAGAUUUCUAAACAGUUGGGAAGCAGUAUGUGAAUCACAAUGUAGCAGAGGCAGACCAAGCAUUACAUUACUACUUAAAGAGUUACCUUUUAGAGCUGGACUGCACCAGUUACUUGUCCUUGUGCCAAAGGCAGAUAUUACGUUUGCACCUUUUUUUCUAAUUCUCAGGUUGAUUAAUACUGCUAAUGCAAAUGCUCAAGUAGAUAUCUUUAAAAAAACUUGAUAAAAUAAGAUUCAAGUGAAACUUUCUUUUAAAAGUGGUGAGUUGAUGAUUACACAAUAAAUUCAUGAACUACAUACAGGAGGUUUGUAUCAGACAAGUUUUGUUAAACAAAAAUCUGUUAAUGUGAACACCAUAUGCUUCUUUGACUAUUUUAGUCCUUGGUCUCUGCUAGACCGCCUGAGUUUCAUCCUGUAGAAAAGUAGUGGAUGAACUGAAGUACCCUCCCUGGGAUGUAAACAUGAAAUACCUAGAGUUUUAUUUGCUUUUCAGAACACUGAAUACUUUUAAUGAUUCAUCAGACACUGAUGGAGACCCUUUGGCUUAUUACGUUGGACAAAGCCCGAGGAAACUACUCUGAGAAAGUGGAACAUAUUUACAUUCUUUUAUUGCAGUGCAGCUGGUGACUUUCCUUUUUACUCACUGUAGCUUAGGGGAAACAUUUAAGAUCUGAUUUGAGAUGCAAUGGGAUGUAAACGAGGAGAUUUCUUUGUGUUGAAGUAUAGGCAUUUUCCCAAGGAGUACAGAUUUAUCCUGUCCAUUUCCACUCAUCGCUUCCCACCACAGUCAAGGUGUAGCUCACUCCAAACGGCUGCGAUCCAGGUCACUCCCUUCCCUACUGACAAUUAUGAGAAUAAAGCUCCCAAGGCAUGUGAAAGCAUUUAAUACAGUACCUGGCACAUAGCAGCCAGUAAAAGUUUGGCUGCAUUAAGGGAUAGUCCAAUUCUGGCUUACGGAUGGAGAGUUGGAAAAAAAAUAUUUUCCUGUUAUUAUUUGGGUGUCCCUCUGCUUCUCUGGGAUGUAAAGCACUCAUAACUCUAAACCUGUUAUACUUGAACAUCACUAAGGGAAGUAAAAUAUUGUAAAACUAGCAAAAAUACGAGGCCAAAGUUGUUUCCUAACAGCUUUAGUAAUGCUUGUUGGUUUUGAAUCAUCUUGUUAAAAGCGGAUCAUUUGCUAAAUUAUUUUAAUAUCACUUCAGUAAAAUGUUAAUGUUAAAACGACCAGCUUUUAUGGCAUUGAAGAAUGUAUUUGCUAAGACUUAAAAACUGCAUGGUGUAUAUUAAGUGGAGGAGGAAUGGUUGUUGGCUGGAUGAAAAUGUAACUGACUAGUUAUUUAUUCAGAAGUGUAAUCCCUCAUCCCAAUUCCCAAGUAUGUGUAUACUUGGGCAUAGUUACAAUAUCUGGGUUUGGAGAUAAAUGCGCCUUUCAUUCCUACCUGGUUCAAAGUUCCGCAGGGAUUAACUAAUUCUCAUCUUGCUGGUGGAAAAUACUAGGUGGCACCCACUCUUCUGUGCUUAUGUUCAUCAGGUAGAGUGGUUUUCAUAAAUUCAGCUACUCGGCUUGGUUUACUUUAGAUUUUGGUACUUCCCAUAAGCACUGUUAGAAGGUACAAGUAAAUUAAUGUCACUGCUUCUGAGGAGUUUGGGUGUAUUUGUCAUAAUAUAUGUAGAAUGUACAGUGAACUUUUCUCACUUUUUUUUUUUUUAAGCAAAAGUACUCUUGUCAUUUUAGGUCCAGUUAUUGAGUUGACAGUCUACUGUGAGAAUGAGAUGACAUAUCUACUGUGAGAAUAACAUAAAUGAUAGUUUAUUUGGGAACUUUUAUACUUUGGUGUUUUAUAUAAUAAAGAAUAUAUACACACACAUGCAUGCACAUGUCACAACUCUCUACUGUGGAGUUAAUGUGAAUUUUUAAAAAAUGGAAUUGCAACCACAAUCAUAUCUAAAAGAACAUUCACUCCUGGUGAGGGUUUACAAAAGCCACUAAAAGAAGGCAGAUGAAAAUGCAAAGGGUCAUCAUUGGGGGUUAUUAUGUUUUAUUUUAAAAUCUAUAGUGCUUCUUUGAAAGAGAACUGUUUAUUACUAUGCUCUUUUUAUGAUGGAAAAGUCAUCAAAUAGCAGUAUAGAAGCUACUUUUUAAUUGCUGGCAAACAGCUUUAAGUGCACUUUCUUUGAUUACACUUCCAUUUUUUGUUAAACUUGAAUUUUCUUAAGCCUUUUAUGUACCACUAAGCAAACAACUUUAACUUUAAAUAAACCAGAUUUACAUCUUGAUUGUAUUUCUAACUGUUAUAAAGCAUACUUGCUAAAGUAACUUCGGUCCUCAAACAUAGCUGGGAAACUUAGGAGAUAGAAUCAGUUGUCCCCCACUUCCCCAAGUCUAAUUAAGCACUAACUGAUUUUAUUACUUUACUGCCUUUACAUUGCUUAUUCUUUUUGAUUGAAUUCUGUCCCUGAUUCACUUUGGUUUUUUGUUUGAAAUUUAAAAUUAUUUUCUUACUUGUAUUUAUCGUACCUACUGUUUUAAUAAUCUGCUUUCUUUAAAUGCAAUAAAUCCCAGAUGGAUUGCAUAUUCUUUAUAA